AUGCCAGCCAUGCUGGACGACCCAUCCAGUCCCACCAUUUACCGUGCUUCUGGAGCUCCACCCUACCCUUCUGCUCAUGAUCCCCCUUCUCUACCAAUGGACGUUUAUCCCCGACAGGUGACUCUUCGUGACAGAGUUACCACCGCAACCAUUGUCCCUUUCUCAUCUCAACACCAAGUCCCCCGUACUCUUCUCAAUUAUCUCAGUGAUCAAUUAAACCGGGAGAUCGAGAAUGGGGAUACCUACCCCAUGAUAGAGACGAUGUCUACGGACAAAUUCGCCUCGUACUGGUUCCAGAAUUUCGCUGCCGUCAUGUUGCUAGGCAUCAUUGAGAGUGCAGAAGAUUUAUUAGAGAGCAAGGAUUGGAGCACCCAAUGUCUGGGAAGCUACUACAUUAAGCCGAACUAUCCAGGGAGAAGCAGCCAUAUCUGCAAUGCUGGCUUUCUUGUCACGAACCCUUCCAGAAAUAAGGGUGUAGGCCGACUUCUCGGAGAGAGUUAUCUAGACUGGGCUCCCAAGCUAGGCUACACAUACUCUGUGUUCAACCUUGUCUUCGAAACUAACGUUGCCUCAUGUCGAAUCUGGGAUGCACUGGGGUUCAAGAGGAUUGGCAAAGUCAAAGGUGCAGGAAACCUGAAGAGCUAUCCUGGUCAACUCAUAGAUGCUAUCAUCUAUGGUCGGGAUCUUGGCCCAGAAGGCGAAGACUUUGUUAGCGAAGAACGCUUCGACAAGAUCAAAUUCUAUCUCAAAUAUGGCAAAUACCCUGCUGGUGCUGAUCGAGCUGAAAAGAGUCGCUUGAGGAGUGCAGCAACACACUACAAGUUAAUUCCCGAAUCAGACAAGCUCAUGCUCAAGGACAAAGAAGUUAUUUCCGAUCCCCAGAAGCAGUACGAGAUUGCUCGUGAGGUUCAUGCUGGCCAGCAUGGUGGCAUUAACAAGACGACUGCAACAAUUGCAGAGAAAUACCAUUGGGUUCGCAUCAAAGAGACCGUCUCCCUUGUCAUUCGCAACUGCGCGCAGUGCAAAGAGCUCGGCAAGGCUCCUGUCGUCCGCGCAGAUGGAGUGAUACGGCCGGCACCACGCCUCACGCCUUCAGCAGGUCAAGCGAGCGUCGGUGCUACUGAUCGUACUCUCAGUAUUGCCCAUCAAGACCAACAUAUGUCCGACAGUGGUGCCGGGUUCGAGCAUGCUGGCCAAGGUUCUGUUUCCCCUCAAGUGCUAAAUCGUACUCUCCCAGGUCGGGACCAGCAUCAGAAUACUAUGCAAAGCUUGAGGCAGCAUCAGGCAGCUCCCAUAGCCCGAAUGCAAAAUGAUUACAUGCCUCUCGAUCCACAAAUCAUGGAUGAUGCCCUUGUACGGCACCAUCUCGGAGGAUACAAUCCCGCCUCACACUCACAUACAAAUCAGCACUCGCAUCCGCACUCGCACUCUCUCAACGCGGACCAUGACCAUCAUAAUCAAUACUCGGAGCAUGAGCAUGAACACGAUCAUCAUGACUCGGACUCCUUCCAAGCGAUGCUCACAGGAAGUGGACACAGGGAGGGAGGUGGCGAUGGAAACGAAGAUCUGGACAUGUUGAUCGAUCAGGAAGAGGAUGGCGAUGCUGAAGACGACGAUGAGAGUGGAGAGGGCUCGAUUAUACAAAUCCAGGCUGAGGCUGCAGCGAGGGCGGCGGAAGAAGCAUUGCGAACAGUAGGUAGGGAAUACGGCCGCUGA